AUGAACUUAACAACUGAUAAUAAAGAAAUAAUAAAUGAACAAUUAACGAACGUUAAUUCAUUAUUUCGUCGAAGAUUUAAUAAUCUUUCAUCAGUUAUUACUAAUCGUUUAUGGCUCAAUGCUCAUACCAAUUAUGAGUGUGAUGUUUUAUUAACAUUUCCAACUCGUAUUGAUGAUUAUACGAUUAUUUGGUUUCUUGAACAAUUACUUCAACUUGCACCGGAUAUUCGUAUAUCGAUUAAAUAUCAUUUUACGACUGGUGUGUAUGGAUUUUAUGUAACAUUUACUUACGAAAGACUUUUGAAAGGUGCUGAUGAUCUUCAAUUAGAAAAACCAAUAAAACAAGAAUUUGGUGGUGGAUAUAAAAUAUUUUUCUUUGAUGAAUUAGAAUUUUAUGAAGGUGUUGAAGAUGAAGAUAAAUUUUUUACUUCGCAAGAACGACAAUCAAUCGUUCGACAUCUUCUUUAUUCAAUAAAAAUUGUUCAAAAACAAGAAAUUAAUGGAAUUAAAUUUAAAAUUGGUCAAUCAUUAAUACAACAUGGUUUUGAAAAGCAGUUAAUUCGGCAAGUUAUUCCAUUACAUAAUAAAGAAAGAUUAAAUCAUCUUCGUGAAACAUGGGUUUGGCCACAAGCAUUUUGUCAACGUCAACCAAUUGAAGAUAUUCGACAAUAUUUUGGUGUUAAAAUUGCUCUUUAUUUUUGUUGGAUUAGGUAUUUGAACAAAACAAAAAGAAAAUUAUUCUACAGUCAAUUAAAAAAUUAA